CAGCCUUGUCACCUAGUAAACCCCCUACUGUUUCCAUGCGAUCUACAUCUCAGCUAGCUACGACAACCUUGUGGCAGAUUCGUUCUGAGAAUUUGUCUUUCGAGGAGCGCGUAAAACUUACAUAUGAAAGGUGCAAGUCUGUCGUGCAACAUUUCAACCUGACCGCCGAAGAUGUUCUUAAUGUUACACCGAGGUAUUGGGAGUUCCAUAACGAUCCUAUACUUGUCAUGGAUUUUUCCGUGGGGACAAUCUUAACCAUUCACUACAACCUCUGCAUUGGAACAUUGGCGAUGUAUCUGGACCAUCGUCCCGACCUCAAGGAUAUUGUUGAUCGACUCUUAAGUUUCGAAUUGAACGGACAAUAUUGUCUUACAGAACUCGGACAUGGUCUCGAUGUUAUUAACAUGGAGACCACAGCGACCUUACUACAGAGUGGAGAGUUCGAGCUUCACACCCCAGUAGCCCAUGCAGCAAAGUUCAUGCCACCGACUUCUCCAUCCGGAGUUCCUUGCGUUUCAAUCGUACACGGUCGUCUCCUUGUCAGGGGGCAAGAUCACGGACCGAAGGUCUUUCUUGUUAACCUUCACGACGGAAGAAAUAUGAAUGAAGGAAUCAUAUCUAAGGUCCUUUCUCCUCGCGGCGGAGCUCGUCCAGUAAAGCACUGCUUGACGUACUUCAAGAACGUUCACCUGCCAUCGUCUGCCUUAUUAGGAUCACUUGAUCGACCGAAAAAUCUCCGUACCGCGUUCUUUUUCAACAUAUCUCGCGUCAUUUCGGGGACAUUGUCCAUGGGUACUUUCGGAAUUUCGUCCAUGAUGAUUUCAUCGUACAUCGCAGCAAAGUACAGUCUUCGGCGUCGAGUGGUUGACUCAUCCACUGGACAGCCAAGGGAGAUCAUGUCGUUUGUCACUCAGUCUACGCCCGUCCUUGCGGCCAUUGCUCAGACGCUCGUAUUGGCCGCGUUUGGAGAAACAUCUCGAGAGAAGUAUGUAAAUGCUGAGGAUCUAUCUGUGAAACAUUUCAUCGCUGCCAUCUUCAAGACGACGGUCAUGAAACUGACCAGUACCACGACCCUAACUCUUGGAAUGCGAUGUGGGGCACAAGGACUUUCCGAAGUGAACCAAAUUUCGGUCUUGAAUGCUGACAUGCGAGGCGCCACCAUAGCCGAAGGUGAUAUUCUGGCAAUAUCUAUACGAUUUGCCAUCGACGUUCUAUUAGGUCGUCUUUCCCCUCCUCCGACCGCAUAUCCCAACAGUCUUCUUCACAAACGCGAACAGGACUUAUUGAUGGUGCUCUAUACAAAAUUAGCAUCAUUUCCCGAUCACAGGAACACACCCGCAGAAAGGGUGCUUCUCCCACACUGCCAGCCUCUGAUCGAAGCCAUUGGAUUGCGUAUGGCAUACGAUGCUGCUUGUGAAAGGAACUUGGAUUCCGCCAUCGUCGACAUGUUUGUUGCGAGCGCGAUGGUAGCUGACCCAGCCUGGUUCUCAGAGAAAGGGAAAGUAUCUCGGGAGAAGCAGAUUGAGUUUGAAGUCGGUGCUGCAUCUGCUCUUCUUCCACAAUUGGAUCAGCUGUUGGAGAUGCUCGAUGUAGAACCAUACGCAGUAGCGCCCAUCGUCUCGAAUCAACGAUGGGAUAGGUAUGUGGAGUCGCUGGAAACACAUGGGGAUAGCAAAUUGUAAUCAUAGGCCAGAGUAGUAUUAUAUAAGAGCAUGAAUACUUCC